GGCAGGAUAGCCGAAUUUGCGGAAGCGCAAAAGUAUAAGACGAUGCUGACCAGCAGGUGUUUAUACUAUCCGCUACCUAAAGCCUUUUUGACUAUUUCAGUCUCAAUAUGGGUUCCGAAAAGGUUGAUGAGAAGCGCUCUGAACAUUCCCCGGACACGCGUAUCGACAAUAUCAAUUAUGGGAACCCCUCAUCAUCACAAGAUGCGAUUGAACAACAAAAGUCAGCAUCACAGCCUUCCGGUGUACUAGGCAUCUUCUCCAAGCUCGGCAAUCUGCCAGAAUGGCACGUCCCCGGCGCUGGACUCCUCCAAGGGAAAGCGUUGAACAACGCCAUAGCAUGGUGCUCUUGCUUGGCUUUUCUCAUGUUCGGUUAUGAUCAGGGUGUUCUAUCAGGGGUCCUCACUCUCGAUGAUUUCCAACGCCACUUUCCUCUUAUGACACCUCGCGAACGUCAAAACAAUCUUUGCUGGCUCGAUGCACCGACCAACACUGUUCCCGAUCCGAGUAUGUGCACGGGUAGCCCCAGUAUCUUAUCCGCAUGCGUCGCGGUAUACCAGAUCGGAUGUUUCCUCGGUGCUGUUCUCAUCCUGUUUUACGGUGAGGUCUGGGGAAGGAAAAGCAGUAGCUUCUGGGGCAGCUUCAUCAUGAUUGUUGGAACUGUUCUCCAAGUGGCUGCAGGAGGUACUACUGGUGGUGGUGUUGACGGUUACGCCCUUUUGUCUAUUGGCCGUGUGGUUGGUGGCAUUGGUAACGGCAUGGUCACAGCGACGAUUCCAACCUGGCAAUCUGAAUGCGCGAAACCGGAAAAACGUGGACGCUUGAUCAUCACAUCCGGAGCAGUCAUCGUCGCAGGCGUAAUGAUCUCAUACUGGGUAACUUACGGAUUCUACUUCCUCCCAUCGGGCGAAGUAUACAGCUCCGUACGCUGGAGGUUCCCUAUCGUCUUCCAAUCUUUCUUCACCAUUCUCGUCAUGAUCGGACUUUGCUUCCUGCCCGACUCGCCAAGAUGGCUUGUAAUGCGCGGGCGCCACACAGAAGCCCGACUCCUACUCGCUCGCCUCGCCGGUACCUCUGCGGACUCAGAGGAAGUCGAUACUGAACUCACGAACAUCAAGGACGCGCUCGAAGCACAAAGCAGAGACGGUCCCUUCAAAAUGAAGGAGCUUCUGCAUAACGGUCCUAGUCAGAAUCUCCGGCGCACACUAUUGGGAGUUGCAUCGCAGUUCUUCCAGCAGAUCAGUGGUAUCAAUCUCAUCACCUACUACGCGACAUACGUUUUCGAGAACUCGCUCGGUUUCGGCCCAGACAUGUCCCGGCUCUUGUCCGCCUGCAACGGGACCGAAUACUUCCUCGCUGGACUAGUCGCGAUCCCUUUGAUCGAACGAGCCGGUCGUCGCAAACUCAUGCUCUUUGGCGCGUUCGGUAUGAUGGCUAGCAUGGCUAUCAUGAGCGGCAUGACGUCGACGGCCACCGAGAACGAAUUCGGUGCCCCGGUCCUAGAGCCAAAGUACGGUAUCACGGCCGUGGUAUUCAUGUUUGCCUUCAACACGUUCUUCGCAAUCGGCUGGCUAGGAAUGACCUGGCUCUACCCUGCCGAAAUCACCAACCUCCGCAUCCGCAUCCAAGCAAACGCACUCUCCACUUGCUCGAACUGGAUCUCCAACUUCCUCAUCGUCAUGAUCACGCUCCCUGCGUUCGCCAACCUGCAAUAUAACACCUACACCAUGUUCGCGGUCUUCAAUGCUUGUCUCAUUCCCAGCGUCUAUUUCUUCUUCCCAGAACCCAAGGGUCGCAGUCUGGAAGAAUUGGAUGUCAUCUUUGCGAGCGCGCACCACGAGGGUAUCAACCCGGUUAAGCAAGCCAAGGAGAUGCCUAAGCUGAUGGGUAGGGAAUUGGACGUCGAGAUUGCGAGGUAUUUUGGCGGAGAUGUGGAGGAGGCGAGGCGGAGGAGCGUGACGAGUGCUGGAGUAAACGCGUGAUUGAGUCCGUGAGAUGCCGCUGGGCUGUCUUACAUUAGAUGGGAGUAACUUCGGUGUUCGUGUUUCACACAAAACACUCUCGAUAUCUGGAGAUUAGAGCAUUGGUAGAGAACACCAUCAGCAUUGCUCAUUUCAAGCUAAAACCUCUGGAGACCCGACUGAUUGUUACCGUGACCGCGUGUAGCCGUCCAAAUGCUCACCCGCUUAGAGCCCAAGUCAAUGAGACACCGAGAUACUGUGCCGUGUUGCCCGUAUAUAAUCUACUUGCUGACUGUGAUUAUCCCCACCCAGCCACUUA